GCUAUGUCAAGCAGAGCCGCUGAAAGAUAUUUAUCUAGAUAUGUCAGCCAUCGGCCGAAUCACCAACUCUAUUCUCUCCGGAACAAACGAAAACAACCUGUCCUUCGCCACGUUAAACUUUGACUUCUCAUUGAUUCAGAUUGAAGCUCCAAAGGAGUUUGAACCUCUGGCAUCUGCCCUCUCGACCCAUCGUCGGCGAGAUGCAGAGGAGGGUCAACCACAUAGAACAGCCCGUAGACUUGGUGCAUUGUUUGAGGAUGUUAUCCCAUCUACUCCAAAAUUGAUUGACGCUUUUGGCCGAAGAGUUUCGCAAAUUGUGCAAACUCCGGGUAUUAAUCCACAGGGUAACUCUACCCAUGGACCCUUCGAGAAGUUUGUUGGUGCGGACGGAACCAGCCUCUGGGCUGCUGCCACAUCUGGAAUUUCCGCUAUCGGUGUCUACCUUCUUUCGUGCCUGCUGGCUCAAGCUUGGGAUUCGAAACAAGCGACCGCAUUGUGGGUGGAGCUAGUCAAACAACGGCAGAUGGAGAUUCAAUCGGCAUACGAGAAUAAUCACAAAGUCUCCAUGUCUACUCUAUUCAGCGCGCGUCAAGAAAUUUCAAGAGACGAUCUAGCACGAUGGGACAACAGCGCUCGAUCUUGGUUGCGAAGCGCUAACCAGGCUAAGGCCUUCGAGUGCAACCAGCUCUUGCUGAUCAGUAAAAAUCUGCAACUUCCAAUAGCCACAGCGACCUCCACUUACACAAGCGUGAUGAGUGUCUGGAAGGAGACAAUGAUUGGCCUUGAAGCUCUUCUUUCGGGAAACCCAGUUGAAGUUUCCAACGGAUCACUUUUCCUUGCUUUCUCAUCCUGGCACCUUUUCCCGGAUCUGAUCGUACUGGGAACAACGCCUCCAACUUUUGUACAAUUUCGUGAUGUGCUGUUUCCACCAGGGGGGCAAUGCACCGUUCGUCAGGAACAAGUGAGCACUGAAUUCUCUGGAGGAAUCAGGUGGUCGUUAGCUCUUUCACAUCUGCAAUACUACGGAGACCCAGUGGUCGUUCGAAACAACUCAGAUUUUUCGAGGGUCACAUUUCGAGAACUCGUGCUGGCUAUUCUGGGGUAUCUCUUUAAAGAAUGGCAAGUUAGCGACCGUGAUCAGAGUAUUGUGGCCCAAUGGUUGGUUGAUUUGUGGACUUUGGUCAAAGAUCACACUGGAACAGAGGAUGGGACACCUUUCCGAUUUGCAUGGCUCAAAAUUCUAGCUGACGCGGCCGGAGACUUCCUGGAGUCAGAGCCUAGGGCAAAAUUGAAGAACACUCAGCUUAUCCGAUUUGGAAGAAGGAGAGGAAGGCUUUUUUCAGUGGAUCAAACGGAGACGUUACUCCCUUUUUUUGGCUUAUGCAAUCCAUUGCGAUUAGCUGCCCUCUCUCAAAAAGAUGAUCCCAGUUGUGGGAUUAGCUAUUUCAGAGCGAUGGCUCGGAGGAUGGGUUUGUGUGAGAGAAAUGCUAUCAUUUGUCACGCGAUUGAUGGAUAUCAGCAUGAUACGCCUGGUACAGCCACAAUCUUCCAGGUCGUCACAGCGAUUCCCCAUGCACGCCAGGCAAGGAAGAGAGACUCUAAUGGUGCUUCGGUAUAUGAGGAAGUACAUGCCCGGUGGUUCAUAUCGAGGGGAAUUGAGGAUAAAGCUAAAAUUGGCCCGCUCAUGUCUGAAUGCAUCAACGAGGGCGAGAUCUGCUUCUCUACAGCAACCCGAUUUGAGGUACACGACAAGCAUCUUGACAAAUUUAUUUGGCCAGUUACCCCAAACAUAUACUCCUGCCGAUGGAAUAUUUGUGCACCAGCCGCGGAGGUGUCGCGCACUUCUACGUACUGCACCUGUUUUGAAUGGGAAACGAAGCACAAUGGCGACAAUUCUCCAAGGUCGUCGGCUAGGUUCCGAUCUAUAAUUGGCGACUGGAGACUUGGACUAUAUGUGCAAGAAACAAACGACAUCGAUGAGCAACAUUUCAAGGAUCUACACAAACGUGCAAAUGCCUGCGCAAAGAUACCAGAUAAUAUAUUGCUCGGGGUUGAAUGUUUUGCCCACACGAAUAUAAACCCAAGCUUAUUGUCAAGCUAUCUCAGUGUCAUCACGCGCGUUGCAGAUGAGAAGCAAGCUGCCUCUGCGGCCAUCGAGCAGGACAAGUCACUCAAACGAUGUGCAGCUGAAAUGUACAUGGUCGGGAGUCCAUCUCUACCAGUGGGUUUCUGCCAAACCCUAUUUACCCUCGAACUUGCCUCAAGAGUCUAUGCCCACUUGCACGGUGCAACGAUACCACUAACGGUAUUAUCAAAGCCGUUGUUUGAUAGUGCGUGGGUGCCCAAACCAAUCUGUGAGCCGCUUCAUUUCAGCAGGCAGUCGAACUCUAUUUCUCGACUCCAACCAGCUAUACCAGCAACAUUGACUCGCCAGGAAGCCUUUUCCUGCGUAGCAAAGUUUGAAUCUGGGAUGGUGGACCUGGAUCCGGAUGACCUCAACUCAACAAUGGCGCUCUGUUCAGAAGAUUCGAUAUUUGUCGCCGCAGUUGUGUUACUCGAUCCCUUUGAACAGCCAGCAGCUCAUGAAUUACGGCGAAUUGUGGGAAACAUCAGUCAUCCAGGUAUCAGUCUGCUUGUUGCGCCUGAGGAGCCCAGAAUUCGCAACCGCUCAAACCAGUACACUGCUGUGAUUCAUGCGUCGUAUGAUUUCCAGCGCGAAAACAAUUUUGCGGGGACAUCGUUGCACUUGUCCUUCACUGAUUGGCGACUUCCUCUAGAAGCUGGUGGGCAUCGAACAAUCGAUCAAGAUGUUCUUGUAGUGGAAUCGGUGAUCUCCGUGCUCGAUCGGGGCAGAUGGGUCGCGGAUUUGGACAUUCUCUGCAUUGAUUUUGAGGCACUGUCGCGUGUUGUGAAGGAUUGCGAUCGGCAUGAUCACGAGGCUCAUGAUUUAGAUUACGACUACACGUCCAUCGAUAAUUGGGAUGAGCUGCUUGAUGGACCGGAGAAUGUGGGUGUUUUCCGUGCUCACGGAAAUUGGGCGGCCCGCCUUGCAGCUAUCAGCAUAUUGUCACAGCGAGGCCAGGGGCAUAGUAUUGCUUUGUUUGGGAAAAAUAAGGUCUGUUUUAAGUGCCUUGAAGCGGAGAGAGAGGACAAUGCGGAUUAUUUGAUGGAUCAUGAAUCACCCCUACCCUCAAUAUGCAUAGAUUGAGGGUGUUCGGCUGCGGUAGUCAGCGUAGUUAGUUAUAGAAAGAAUAUUGACUCAUCAUUGCCAAGAAUCUGCAAAGGGGCUUUCUGAUGCCGCAGGUUUGUUGCUAGCACCUAGAGUUUAUCCCAUAGAUAGAUAUCUAUCUCGUCGAGGCACAGACGAGAUUGUCGAGCAGAUAGUCGCAGAGCGCUUCUAACAUCGGUGAGUCUUCGACUGAUGUAGUUUGGGGGUGCAUGAACACUUCCGCAAGUUUUGUGGAGUUUUUGAUCGUUUGUUCAGCAUAUUGCGCAUGAGUCUAGCAAUUGUCGAG